AUGGGUAACGCAGGGAUCAUAGCAGUUCAUCGAUUUGAACAUCAAAGCAAAAAUCGAAUCUGUGGCAGUUGCUGAACAACUCCAAUUCUUGACAGAGAUGAGCUUGCAAUACAUAAAGAAGUAGGAAUUCCUCGGGGACGUUUAUGCAAUGAAGCAAUGAAAUAUUUAGACCCAAACGAACGCCACUUGAUGUUUGCAGCUUCAGGAAAUAAUCCUCUGCAAAUAAAACAAUGCAUAAAUCAAGGAGCUUCACCUGACACUUAUGAUGAAAACCGAACAAGCCCUUUGCAUAUAGCAUGCAGACAAGGAAGUUUAGAUGUGGUUAAAGAAUUGAUAAGCCAGAGAGCGUCAAUUAAUAUCACUGAUUGUGCGGGAUGGACUAGUUUGCAUAUAGCGUCUUAUUGCUGCAGGCCUGAUGUGGUUGAACUUUUGCUUGCGAAUAAUUCAGAUGCCACAAUUUCAAAUAGGAAAGGAGAAACUCCUUGAGAUUUAGCAGGGGAUGAUGCCACACAAAAUGUUUUUCUUAAUUAUUGGCAGCAUAAGGUAGAAGAGGAUGAACCUUUGGUUCCAGCUGCUCAGAGGGAGAAUUAUGAAGUUAUGACUGCCCAAAAAGCAUUCCCUAGGCCCAUUUCUCCGUUAACUGAAGAAAAAAGUGUAAUUUCAGUGAAAAAUUGAAUUAAAGUUGACCAAAUCCCGACUGGAUUAUUUUCACAAACUUCGCCUGAGUUGCUUGAAAGAGGAAAAAGAAUUUUCAAUAAUAAUGCGAAUAAAGGCUUAUCAUUUUUCAUAGCGCUAGGACUAGUUUCUCCACAGCCUUCACAAAUAGCAAGAUUUUUCUUUACACUUCCUGGGAUAUCUCCAGUAAAAAUAGGAGAGCUUUUACCCCUCUCUACUUAAGAGAGCAUAUCCUAUGGGUAAAUCCCUAUUUCUUGGGCAAAAACCCAUGGCAAACAAUUGAUUUAAUAUAGUUUUUUUAUAUAUUAGUAGCAAUAAUUAUUAUUAAAUAAUUUGAAUUUAAAAACAUAAUUUUAUAAAUUAAAUUAAUAAAUUAUUAAGAUUUUAUAAAUUUUGAAGAAAAAAAAUCAGUGAGAAAUAAUUCGCUCCUUCAAAAAGCAAAGGGAAUUAGGAGAAACAGACCAAUUUCACAAAGAUAUCGCUAAAGAGUACAUUUCACUACUUCAAUUUGAAAAACACAACCUAUUAGUAUCUUUAAAAAAACUAUUAAAAUCAAUAAAACUUCCAAGAGACGGAAUUAUGGCAGACCAAAUCCUCGACGCAUUUUCCGACAGAUUCUGAAGUGAAAAAGGGCCAUUUUUGUCAAAAGACUCAGUCCAUCAUUUAGCCUUCAGCAUUAUUAUGCUUGAUUUUUCAUUACAUGACCAUACAAGUUCCCCAUUAGAUAAAGAAGAGUUUAUUAAAAGCAAUGCAGGAAUGCAUGAUGGGGAAGAUUUUCCUGAAAAAUUCUUGACAUGGGUUUAUGAUGAGGUGCAAAGAGAAACUUUGAGGACGAAGUUUGAAGAGCAAGUAGAGCCUGUUUUUGAUAAUGUGGUGUAUAGUGGGCAUUUAGCUUAUAAGUCAGGAAGUGAAUGGAAAGAAAGAUACUUUGUCUUGAGUGAUGGGAUUUUAUGAUUUUUUAUGAGCACAACUCAAGCAACACCUUAUGGGCUAAUACCACUGCAAGGAUUAAAUGUGCAUUUUGAUACUAGACUAUUGGGGUUUACAAUAGGAAGCACAAUCCCUUUUCCUUAUGUUAAAUUUAGUGAAGAUGGCAGCAUCCAAAUACAAACUGCAUCGUUUUUGUCAAUUAAAGCUGGAAAUUUGAAGCUUUGGCUGGAGGGGUUUCAGAAAGUGACAAAUAUUCGGCUGUCUAUAAAAUAA